ACAUAUAAAGUGGAGAAGCGCAGAAAGGCGGUUCAGUGAGACCCAGAGGAAGCAAAGCAGAAAUCAUGACGACGUGGAAGACAGUGGGAGCUCUGCUGCUGCUGCUGCUGCCUGCAGUGUUUUGCCAGCGGACCAUCAGGUGGUGCACCGUCUCAGAACCGGAGCAGAAGAAAUGCCAGGAUAUGAGCCAGGCUUUCUCCAAAGUCUCCAUCCGGCCCUCCAUCAGCUGCAUCAGCGGCCCAUACGUCCAGGACUGCAUCCAGAAACUACAGGAAAAAGAAGUGGACGCCUUGUCCAUGUCUGGCACUAACAUCUACAAUGCGAUGAAGACUGCCACCUUCAAGAUGGCUGCCAGUGAAUCAAAGAAUGGUGAUACCAGCUCCUACUACGCCGUCGCCGUGGUGAAGAAGGACAACUCCGCCAUCAACAUCAACAACCUGGCGGGGAAACGCAGCUGCCACACCGGGAAAUGGCGAACCGCCGGCUGGACCAUGCCGCUGGGAUUCCUCAUCGACCAGGGCUUCAUGUCUGUCAUGGGCUGCGACGUUUCCACCGGAGUGGCAAAUUUCUUCAACGCCAGCUGCAUUCCUGGAGCUAACCAGGCUGGAGAACCGCCGUCUCUGUGUCAGCUGUGCAAAGGAGACGGAAGCGGGCAGUACAAAUGUGAGAUGAGCCCACAAGAAAUGUACUACAGCUACGAAGGAGCAUUCAGAUGUUUGGUUGAAGACGCUGGGCAGGUGGCUUUCACAAAACACACGACUGUUGCAGAGAACACCGACGGUAAGGGUCCGUCGUGGACCCAACACUUGUUAUCGGCGAAUUAUGAGCUGCUGUGCAGAGACGGGACCAGAGCUCCUGUCUCCGACUGGAAUCGGUGCCAUCUGGUUCGCAUCCCGUUUCGCAGCGUCGUGGUUGGCAGUGACAUCACUCCCUCUGUGGUUUUCAACAUGCUGAGGGAAGGCGAGGAAAAGUCAGAAUUCGACAUGUUCUCUUCAGCGGGUUACAGCGGGGAAAAUCUUCUGUUCUCUGACUCAACCACCAGGUUUGAGGCGGUCGAGGCAGACGACCCGGUCCGGUGGAUGAGCCCCAACUACUACAACGUGAUGAAAGCCAUGGACUGCACACCUCAAGACAUCCCCUCUGCCAUCCGAUGGUGUGUUUUGUCGAGCGCAGAGCAGCAGAAAUGUGCUGACAUGGGCGCCGCCUUUCAGAGCAAAGGUCUCACUCCCAGGAUCACGUGUGUCUACGGCGCCUCUCUGUCCGACUGCAUGGCCAAGAUCAAAAACAGGGAGGCGGACGCCAUGACGCUGGAUGGAGGGUACAUCUACACGGCGGGUAAACACUACGGCUUGGUUCCCGCUGCCGCCGAGAGCUACACAGGUGAGCGUGACGGAUCCUCGUACUACGCAGUCGCAGUGGUGAAGAAAAGCAGCGGCGACAUCCGUAACCUGGACGGCCUGCGAGGCCGGGACUCCUGCCACACCGGCUACGGUCGCACCGCAGGCUGGAAUAUUCCUGCAUCCGCUCUGAUGGAGAGAGGACUGAUCAGCCCCAAAAACUGCCAGGUUCCCCAAGCGGUGGGAGGAUUCUUCGAGAAGAGCUGCGUUCCCGGCGCCAAUCAAGAUGGCUUCCCCAAGAACCUGUGUGAUCUGUGCGUGGGAGACGAUUCGGGGCAGAAUAAAUGUGAAAAAGGAAAAGAUUGGUACGACGGAUACGACGGGGCGUUCAGGUGUCUGGCCAGCGGGGACGGAGACGUGGCUUUCGUCAAGCAUUCCACUGUCUUCCAAUACACAGAUGGUCAUUCCACGGAAAGCUGGGCUGCGGGUUUGGUGUCCACAGACUUCCAGCUGCUCUGUUCCCAGGGAACCAAAGCCGAAGUCUCCCAGUACCGGCUGUGCAACCUGGCCAGAGUUCCCUCCCACGCCGUCAUGGUGCGACCAGAAACCAACAUCCACGCCAUCUACGGGCUGCUGGACCGCGCACAGACCCACUUCGGCAGUGACACCAGUUCUGAGUUCAAGAUGUUCGACUCUCAGCGCUACGGGGGAACAGACCUGAUUUUCAAAGACUCCACUGUUCGCAUCAUCGGUGUUGGCGACAAGAAGACGUACGAGGAGUGGCUGGGUCAGGAUUACAUGACCUCACUGGAGGACAUGGAGUGCAGCUCCUCAAACACAGUCGUCUCCUCUGCGUUGCUGCUGCUGGUUGCGUUGCUCAGCCUCAUGUUGACCAACAACUGGAUGUGACACAGCGACUCCAGAUUCACCUUUUGACCUGUGUUUCUUCUUCACACUGUCAAUCGCCUCUUCAUCACUUCUUUCUUUUCUUUUGCUGCUUUUUAACUCGUUUGAUUGCGGUCUAGUCAAAUCAUUUUGUAGCUUCACGCUAGUUGCUUUCUAGAAACCCAAUCCAGUUUGUUUGUGUGUUAAUUUACAAGGAGCUGAUUGGAGCAAUGAAGAGAAACAUUGUGUUUGGCAGAGAUUUGACACCAUGUGAGAAGAAGAUGGAGGGCGCCAUUUUGUUUACGGAGGGUGGGUUGCCAUAUCAGUGUGUAUGCUGCCACCUGUUACAUUUACACAGCGCCUCAUCAAAAAACUGAUUUUUAAAUAGGUUGCUAUCAUAUUUACCUCAAAGAAAAUACACUAAAAUUUUGGUACAAUUAUUAUAAAAAAUGAAGUUUGUUUCUCACUUCUUCUGACCAAAACAAACUUAUCUUCAUAAGUUAGUCUUCUUAUUUUUGUUGCUCCAUUUUAUUUUGCUUUAAACUGCUGAUUGUUGUGUAUUUUCCUACAAUGAAAGAUUUAUUUUUAUAUGACGUUCAGGUGCCAUAUCAGUGUAUAUGUACUGACUCAUGCUGUCAGACGUUGACACAUUCUCUUCCUUCUGAUAGAGAUUUAUUUCUUUGUGAAAUGAUGAAACGUGUGACUAAUAUUUAGUUGCCAGGCCAGUGUGCCUGCAUAAGUAUUACUGCAUUAAGCCGCUGCUGUUCUGUGCUUGUCUAAAUUAAAUAAACAUGUAAGCAAAAUGAA